AUGCCAACUACUUCCAUCACCGACAUUCAAACUUGUACUAUUUUGAGAAAAGAAUUCAGAUCGUCAGCAAUCAAUCAUAACAUACAUCUAUCUAUCUAUCUAUCUAUCUAUCUAUCUAUCUAUCUCUGUUCAUAUGUAACUAUCUAUCUAUACAUUUCUGUUCAUAUGUAUCUAUCUAUCUAUUUAUCUAUCUGUCGCAUCUAUCUAUCUAUAUGUCUGUCUGUCUGUCUAUCUGUCACAUUCUGUUUAUAUUUAUCUAUCUCUCACAGUCUAUUUAAACUUAUCUAUCUAUCUUACUAUGUACUCAUCUAUCUAUCUAUCUAUCUAUCUAUCUAUCUAUCUAUCUAUCUAUCUAUGCGUGUCUGUCUGUCUGUCGCAGCUGAUAAAAUCUAUCUAUCUAUCUAUCUAUCUGUCUAUCUAUCUAUCUAUCUAUCUAUCUAUCUAUCUGUCUGUCUCAGUCAUGUUCAUAUCUAUCUAUCUCAGUCAUGUUCAUAUCUAUCUAUCUAUCUAUCUAUCUAUCUAUCUAUCUAUCUAUCUAUCUAUCUCAGUCAUGUUCAUAUCUAUCUAUCUAUCUAUCUAUCUAUCUAUCUAUCUAUCUAUCUAUCUAUCUCAGUCAUGUUCAUAUCUAUCUAUCUCAGUCAUGUUCAUAUCUAUCUAUCUAUCUAUCUAUCUAUCUGUCACAUCUUUCCUACUUAUUUAUUUCCUCUCUCCUUCCUAUGCAUUAUUUGUUCUAUCUCUCUAUAUAUAUCACUCUCUCUAUCUCACUCUCUCUCUCUCGCACUAUCUAUAUAUCUAUCUAUCUAUCUAUCUAUCUAUGCAAAAACAUCUGGGUCUUAUACAGCCAGAUAUGUAGCUUAA